AUGGGGUCCCGGGCUGAGCGGUGCGCUCUCCUAAGCGGACUCUCCCUCCUCCUCCUGGUGACAGGCGAAGGGUCCAAGGGUGGAUCCCUCAGAGAGAGCCCGGGGGUGUGCUCCAAGCAGACGCUGCUGGUCCCGCUCCGCUACAACGAGUCCUACAGCCAGCCCGUGCACAAGCCCUACCUGACCCUGUGCCCCGGGAGGCGCGUCUGCAGCACCUACAGGACCACGUACCGCGCGGCGUGGCGGGAGGUGCGGAGGGAGGUGCGGCAGACGCACGCCGUGUGCUGCCAGGGAUGGAGGAAGCGGCAUCCGGGGGCGCUCACCUGCGAGGAAGCCAUCUGCGCUAAGCCCUGCCUGAACGGCGGCGCCUGCGUGCGGCCGGACCGGUGCGAGUGCGCCCCCGGCUGGGGCGGGAGGCACUGCCACGUGGACGUGGAUGAAUGCAGGGCCGGGGUUGCCCUCUGCUCGCACCGCUGCCUAAACACUGCGGGCAGCUUCGCCUGCGGCUGCCCCCGCGGCCUGGUGCUGGGCCCCGACGGGCGCACCUGCCUAGAGGGGCCCCCGGAGCCGCCGGCCAGCGCCAGCGUCCUCAGCGUGGCGGUCCGGGAAGCGGAGCGGGAGGAGCGGGAGGAGCGCGCCCUGAGGCGAGAGAUCCUGGAGCUGCGUGGGCGCCUGGAGCGGCUGGAGCAGUGGGCUGGGCAUGCCGGGGCCUGGGUUCGAGCCGUGCUGCCUGUGCCACCCGAAGACCUGCGGCCGGAGCAGGUGGCAGAGCUGUGGGGCCGGGGCGACAGGAUAGACUCUCUCAGCGACCAGGUGCUGCUGCUGGAGGAGAGGCUGGGCGCCUGCUCCUGCGAGGACAACAGCCUGAGCCCAGGCCUCAAGGGGCGGCCAUGA